UGUUAUCUCUAGGCUUCUUCCAUCUCUAACUAAUAGUCAUUGAAAAAUAAAGUCGCAAAAUUAUAAUAGUUGGAGAGUCGACUUAGUCUCAGACAGAAAGCGAAAAUGUACCAGGAAUACAUGAACCAAUUGCAGGCGUCCCUUACGCCAAUGGGCUCCGAUGAACUGAAGGAGCUGCUGAACAACGACGACAAGCUAGACGAGAAGGUGGACGAGGUGCUCCAAGUGCUACGAAACCAGAAGACCAGCGUUUUCGAGGACAAUCGGAGUCGAGCAGAGCGAAACAUAGAGCGGGAGCCGCAGAUCAUAGAGCUGCGGGGUCGGCUGGCGGAACUGUCGGACGAGGGACGCACUCGUUGCUCCUCCGUCCAGGAAAAGCUCUCCGAGCUCAAGGAGAAGUCAGGCGGAGUGGGUCCGGAAACAGCCUUGGCCCUGCUGCAGACUGCCGCCUCCGAGAGCGAGGAGCAGACCGAGGAGAUGGUCAAGAAGUUCAACGACAGUGACCUGGGGGUGGAGGCCUUCCUGGAGGAGUUCCUCGCCAGCCGACGGACCAUGCACCUGCGUCGCCUCAAGGCCGAGAAGAUGCAGGACCUCAUGCGCAAACAGCGCCAGGGUCCGCCGCCCAACGCUUCUCUGCCAACCUAUGGAAAUUUGCCCUCUGGCGGAUUCUAUCCCUCGGCAGGCGGCUCCGCUCCGUAUCCCAUGAUGGGUCCUCUGAUGCCCAUGCCCCCACCGACCAGACCCUACUGAGAUCUCGGCCUUUGUUCGUAGCGUAUUCAACUGCCAUUGCGCAUCAACCUUCUGCAGAAUCCUCACUUUAAGUACAUAUUGCUUCAGUUUCUUCUUCUGAUUACAGUGGGUUAAUUGCAAAUCAGAGGGAACGUUUUGCCUGCUUUAAAAUUAACGUUUGAGGUGCUCUACAUCUCUGCCUGCACUAAACUAUGAUAUAUGUAUAUGUAUAAGUAAAGCGAAAAUUAACAUUAAUAUUAGACAGUGAACAUUUCUUGUUAAAAAUAAAUUUUUUGGAUAAAAAAAUGAAA